GUUUCACAGGUGGCAUGGACAUCUCCAUAAAUUCUGCCUUGCUACUGUCAGCACUUUGGUUUUUCAUCACACCGCUGUCCUCCUUCUUCUAACCAACAGAUGUGAAGGUCAGUCUCAGAUCGUUGGCCCGUCAAAGCCAAUCCUGGCAAUGGUUGGUGAAGACAUCAUUUUGCCAUGUCGCCUGGAACCUGCCACUGAUGUUGUUGCUAUGACGCUGGAGUGGGCAAGACCUGACCUGAACCCCAGGUUUGUCCAUCUGAGGCGCGAUGGAGUGGAACUGUUGAUUAAUCAGUAUCCAUCAUAUGUGGGAAGAACAUCACUGUCCACAGACAAACUGAAACAUGGAGACAUCUCACUCAAACUCUCGAAGGUUAAACUCUCCGAUGAGGGAACAUAUAGAUGCCACAUUCCAUCAAAAGGUACAGCGAUGGUUGAGCUUGUUGUUGGUGCAAUUUCCUCACCUGUUGUUGUCAUAGCAGAGAUCGAUCAACCCGUCAGAGCAGUGGUGUUAGAGUGUGAGUCUAAAGGCUGGUAUCCAGAGCCUGAGGUGUUGUGGCUGGACGGUGAGGGAAACCUCCUCUCUGCUGGACCUACAGAGACAGUCAGAGGUCCUGAUGACCUCUAUACUGUCAGCAGCAGAGUGACUGUGGAGAAGAGACACAGCAACAGCUUCACCUGUAGAGUCCAACAGAACAAAACCAACCAGAGCAGAACCGCAGAAAUCCGGAUUCUAGAGGAAGUUUUCCUGGCCCCGUCUUGUUCUGCUGUUCGUAUCAUCAUAGUCCUGAUCCUGUCUGUUACCUUCAUGGUCUUUCUGGUAGUCGUCUUUGUUUUGUGGAAACUACGACAAAACAAAAUCAAUAAAAUGAACCAGGAUGGUGAAGCAGAAGAAAGAGAGCAGCUCUUCAACAGAAGUAUGAGAAAGGAUUAUUCGGUGAAGAAAAAGACAGAACUUCAUGACAUGUUACAGGAGAAAGAGGAAGAAAAGAAAAACAUGCAACAAGUGAUCUCAGUAUUGAUGGAACAAAAAACUAAAUUGGAGAGCUCCAGAGACAAACAGAUAUCACAGCUGGAGGAGGUGGAGAAAAAGAGGAGUGAGAAUGAGAAGGAACUGAAGUCAUUAGAAAAGAAAUUCUACUGGGACAAAUGUGAAAGAAAAAACGAUCUAUUAAAGGAGAAAGUGGAACUGGAGGAAAAAGGUAGAGAGUAUAAGGGCUCUUUGCAGAUCACUGUGGAACAGCUACACAAAACGAGGGAUGUGAUAAAAAUAAUGACAGAAUGGGAAAACAAAAUAGAGAAUCAGUUUAAGCAAAUUGAAAAACAACUGGAGAAGACAGAGAGACUGAAAGAGAAGAACCCGAGGAAACUUCAUCCAGAUCAGACAGAGCAGUCAGAGAGAGUGGAGGAGACAGAGGAAGAGAAGGAGACAGAGGACGAGACAGAGAAAGAGAAGGAGACAGAGAAAGAGACAGAGAAAGAGACAGAGAAAGAGGAGGAGACAGAGAAAGAGACAGAGAAAGAGGAGGAGACAGAGAAAGAGACACAGAGAGAGGAGGAGACAGAGGAAGAGACAGAGAAAGAGGAGGAGACAGAGACACAGAGAGAGGAGAAGAACAAGAUGAAACCUGAACCAGAUCAGACAGAGCAGUCAGGGAAAGAGAGGAGACAAACAAAAACACUGAUACAGAAACAUUUUCAGAGCUUUGUCAGAGUUAAUCACAGACUCUGAUGAUACUGUAAAUACUGAGAAUCCAUUUAGAUCCACUGUCCUAUAAAUGAGAGUUUUUUGAUUUGGCUCAGUGUCUAAUAUUCUUGUAUCACUUUAUUGUACCUUCUUAUUUGAUGAGAUUUUAUUCUAUGAAACUUUAUUCUUUGGGGAGUAUUCAUAUAAAC